GUAUAGUGUCUCUUGCUGUCAGUUGAAUUUCCUGAAGAGUAUAAUAAUAAGUAUCUUGCAUGUGCUGCUUAUACUGACUGCUUGACAAGCUAAUCUAAAGUACAGUUGUAAAGUUUUGGGAUCUGAUCAUGACUGCUCAAAAACCAGGUAGCAACUGGUUAUUUGUUUUCUUGCUCCUUGGGGAUAUGAUCCAUACUUUUAUUUUGGAAUUGAUUGCAGCAAUAUCUCUACCAGAAUAUGAUGCGUUUCAACCAAAUUUAAUUGCAUUCUUGGUUGUAGGCUAUGCACUUGCUAUCCUUCCAGGAUGUUUCUAUGUUUUAGUAACAGAAGAGUAUUGUGCACGUGACUGUAUUUCUAAAUGUGUCUGUAAACCACUAUUAAAGUGUUAUGACUGUACAGACUGUACACGUGUGAAGAAGGAUUUCAUUGAUUUAAUCAAUAAACUCUGGGAUAAGUUUUUUAAACCGGGUUUUUGCGCUGUUUUUGGCCCAUUUCUCUACUAUUAUGGAAACAAUAUCACCAAGGUGGUCGACUUGUCUGGUGCCAGUAAUACAACUCAGGGUAAUAUUACUGAUAAUAAUGCUCUUGUUUUAUCGGACGAAUGGCUGAGAGCAUCUGCAGUAGCUGCACUUUUUGCAUUUAUACUAAUCAGCAAUAUUGACUGGCAGCCAAAUAGUGAAUCCAUGUAUUUGUGGGGACCAGUUGCAGACAUGCUCGUUAAAUUGGUUCCCCUUGAUGUUUUAUACAGUGCUUUGCUUCAAGUAGCUCGCAUCAAUAUGAUAUCCACGCCAACUAUGUUUUGCAGAGUAGUUGAUCAAGCUUUUUUUGGGGUAAUUUUCGGCAUUGCAAUUCUUUAUACAAUAUACUCUAUUUACCACAGUUGCACUAAGUAUAAGGAUAAGUGCUGCAGCUGCUGUAAAUGGCUUCUCGGUGUUGCAAUAGGGUUGAUCUUUGUAGUCUAUCUUUUAGCAGACAAACUUCUUCCGUUAAACUUUCUUCUUUGUUGGGUGUCUGUCGAUGAUGAUGUUGAAAUGGCUGCAGUUAUGAACACUUUAAAUCUUGUGAGAGCUAUUCUAAGCGGUACUUGUGCCAUAUCUGUACUUAGUCUUUUUUUCGUGCCUGAAUGCUUGUAUAUAUAUAGAACAUGUACAUGUAUAGGUAAGCGGCGCAUAACACAGGCUCAAUUGGCAACUCAAUUGGAGAAUGAUUUGAAUACUCUAUUGAAUACAAAGGACAAUGAGAUGGCUCAAUCGAUUGUUCAUUCGGUAGCUAUAUCAGUGGCUAAAUUAAAGGCUGCUGAUCAGUCCUCUCCAUUGAAAUACUCUGAUUUCAAGACUGCAAUGAGUAAUCACAGCAUAGAGGUGGCUAAAUUGGUGGGUGGAUUGUAUGCUGCACAGGGAUUGGAUGCACAACAGCAAUGGAAUGAUGCUUUAUUGGAUGAUGCACAACUGCAGACAUUGAAGACGGUUGCACAAUCUCUAUUUGAUGAUGCACACGAUAAAUUGAAUACUGCUAGACAGCGAUUGAAUUAUGCUGCACAGCAAUUGAUUGAUGAUGCAUUGAAUGAUGAUGCAUUGAAUGAUGAUGCAUUGAAUGAUGAUGCACAGCAAUUGAAGAAUGCUACACAGCAAUUGAUUGGUGCUGCAACACAACAAUUGAAUGGUACUGCACUGCAAUUGAAUGUUGCUGCAACACAGCAAUUGAAUGUAGCUGCACAACAAUUGAAUGAUACUGAACAGCAAUUGAAUGUUGAAACACAGCAAUUGAAUGAUGCUGUACAGCAAUUGAAUAAUGCUGCACAGCAAUUGAAUGAUGUUGCACAGCAAUUGAAUGAUGUUGCACAGCAAUUGAAUAAUGCUGCACAGCAAUUGAAUGAUGCUGCACAGCAAUUGAAUGAUGCUGCACAGCAAUUGAAUGAUGCUGAACAGCAAUUGAAUGAUGCUGCACAACAAUUGAAUGUUGAAACACAGCAAUUGAAUGAUGCUGAACAGCAAUUGAAUGAUGUUGCACAGCAAUUGAAUGAUGUUGCACAGCAAUUGAAUAAUGCUGCACAGCAAUUGAAUGAUGCUGAACAGCAAUUGAAUAAUGCUGCACAGCAAUUGAAUGAUGCUGCUGCACAGCAAUUGAAUGAUGCUGAACAGCAAUUGAAUGAUGCUGCACAGAAAUUGAAUGAUGUUGAAACACUGCAAUUGAAUGAUGUUGCACAGCAAUUGAAUGAUGCUGCACAGCAAUUGAAUACUGCACUUGUACAGCACUUGCAAUUGACUAAUGAACAGAAAUCUGCAUUUGAAUCGAUGAAUACUUUGAUAAAGAAAAUGGUUGACUUAACUGUAAUAUAAUACAGACAGACUGCAUGCAUGAUUGACUCUGGAUAGACAGUAUAGAGUCUAUAAGAUAUUUAAAUUAGAGCAUGUGUUUUAAUUGUGAUCCUUCAAUAGUUAUAAUUUAUGUUAGUUGUAUUGCAGAUCUACAACUUUAAUUGGAGAAAACGUUUUAAUAGCAUAUAAGUAUAAGAGAGUGUAUAUUUUA